AUGGCCAUGAUGAGCAGCAUGGACGGCGGCAGCAACAUCGGCAAGGUGGCCGCCGUGGUGGACGCGGAGAACCCGGCGACCACCAUCGUCGUCGGGCCGCCGUGCGCGGUGGUGGACUCCGACUCCGACGACGACCUGUCGCAGCGCGGCAACUGGCUGCGCGCGGCGGUGCUGGGCGCGAACGACGGGCUGGUGUCGACGGCGUCGCUGAUGCUGGGCGUGGGCGCCGUGAAGGCGGACGCGCGCGCCAUGGUGAUCUCCGGGUUCGCGGGCCUGCUGGCGGGCGCGUGCAGCAUGGCCAUCGGUGAGUUCGUGUCCGUGUGCUCCCAGCGCGACGUGGAGCUGGCGCGGCUGGACCGCGACGGCAAGCGCGGCGGCGAGGAGGAGAAGGCGCUGCCCAGUCCCGUGCAGGCCGCCGCGGCGUCCGCACUGGCUUUCUCUGUGGGCGCGCUGCUGCCGCUGCUGGCGGCCUGGUUCAUCGCCGACUACAGGCUGCGGAUCUGGGUGGUGGCCGCCGUGGCCACCGCCACGCUGGCCGCGUUCGGCUGCGUCGGCGCCGUGCUGGGGCGCGCCCCCGUGGCGAGGUCGUGCGCGCGCGUCGUCGUCGGCGGCUGGGUCGCCAUGGCCGUCACCUUCGGCCUCAUGAGGUUCUUCAAGGCCAGCGGCAUAUGA